AUGGGUGCCAGCUGGUCAUCAGACCACCCUGCUGAUCUAGAACAGCACCCCGAUCCACCCAGCCAGUCCAAAUACCCUCGAUAUGGGGAUGUGGUCCCUUCGGUCUGUAGCGACCGCCCAGAGGACUUGUAUGAUGAGCUGUAUGAACAGAUAUACUUUGUACAGCAUGCUAACCAAGACUGUAUCGCGGCGUUUCAACGAUGCGAGAAAGAUAAUCCCCGUGUUGAUCCCGAGGAGUGGUUUACUAUUGCUGAGCGGAUUCCACGGGUAUAUGAGCAUCUGGCACACAGGACCAAUGUCCCGAAUGUGGAUAUAGACCAACCGAUUGAUCUUCAUCCCUAUAUUGUUAAAUAUCUUGGCCGUCUCCCUGUAGGAUAUCUGCUGGAGAAGCUAGAUCCCGGCCCACUGAGCGCUACGACUCUGCCACUUCUGACUACCUUUCCGCGCAUGUCUUCCGAGAACAAGGACUUUAGAGAGCCUCUUCUCCUGCUCUACUACCGCUGGGCGCUGCAAUCGCUUACUAUACUAGCCUUCUUACAUAAACACAGGGUCUACCUGAUGGAUUUCAGCUCGAGCACAGUAUGGAUACGCGAUGAUCUCUCGAUUGCACUAUCAGGGUUUGUGAACGCAACCAUCCCGACAGAUGAAUGGCCUUACUCUCCCGACGGGACGAGAUACGAAGAAGAGAUCUAUUACCCAACCAAUCCCGAGAGUGGGCACCCAGAGCUCAGUCCGAAGAUCGAUCUCUCGGAUUGGGCGACCUUUGUCUGGCAAUUGAUGCGAAAGGAUGCGUCCAGUCAUAGAGCGAAGAGGUGGGCGAUGCCUACCAAUCCAUUGGAUCCGACAGAGUUGCCCGGGGAGGUGAAUGUAUGGGAGUACCAUAAGCAACGGCUGAAGGAGGGCAAGCUACAGCUUUUAGAAGAGGCACGAUUGGGUCCGAUGCUGGUUAAGGCCUGGAAGGGGCAAUAUGAAAAUGCUCAGGAGAUCCUGCAAGAGAUACGAUUGUAUCUUCAGCAGAUUGGGGUUCAGAUAGAUGGAGAGGACGAGGCCCUUCUAGAAGAUGGGCGAAAGUGGGAGGAUGUAUUCACGGUAGUCCAGACAGAUGGCGCCCGCUGGGGUCGGGAGAUUAGAUAUAAAUAA